UGAUAAUUAUAAUUUAAUUCACGAGAUUGUAUGUGUAUGUGUGUGAUAUUGCAACGAUUUCUAAUGGAUAUUCCACGAAUGAUACGUAAAUUUUACGUUAUAUUAUUUUCCAAUCCGAUUAAGGCCAGGGAAAAUCAAUCUUGGAUUAGCAAGAAUAUAUCUGCAUUCGUGUAAACUACCUCCAAGUGAUUAUCCACUUGUUAAUUGUCACGUUUGUUUUCUCGAGGACGAUUCUAAUCAUAACGAUGGAAUAAAAUUGCAGAUACAUAUCGCACCACUGAAUUACUUAUCUAUAUUUACCGACAAAUAUCACGUGGUUAUUGAUAAAUCGUGGCAACUGCGAUUUAUUAUGCUGAUACAGAAUAUCGAGACGAAGAUAGAACUGCACGUGAUCUCGGAGAGCGACUUUACUUUGUACAGCAAAUAGAUGCGAAAUGCAGUUUGCAAUAUAUUCCGAGAGAUUGGCUUCUACGAUUUCCCGAGAAAUUGGUGCUGCGGAAACUCUCGGGAUGCCUCGCGCGGAUAUUUUGUCUCCAAGACCGCGUUUCCUGUCGCCGCGUUUACGAAUAAUUCAGCGGCGCCGACUUCUCCUCAACAGGUGGACGAGUCGCGCGCUAUUCACGGCUUAAUUUUAGAAAGUGUUAGAAAACGAUGUGAAAAACCGAGGUCGAGGAAAAUCCCGAGCGUCGUCUUUCGCUCGAAACGAUCGUGUUGGGCAAUCGCUCGGCGGACGAGCCGAAGAUUCUCUGCUGCUGCUUUCGCGCAAAGGCCAUCGAGAGAGUAUGCCUCCGCUCCUUCUCUCUUCACGGUUCAACCUUCUCCUCCCUGGUUCACCUUCUCCUACUCCACGGAAUCCGCAGGUCGCAGGUGUACGAGCCGGCUAUCGGCGCCGCUUGGCCGUCGUGCCGCUUUCAGUCACCGCCUGGUCGUCGCCAGGUUCAGCGCCUUUCUCGAUACUGAUUUCGCAUUAGUUUGUGGUGCGAUAAAGGGAUAUCUGUUCGGUUCCGGUUUAUCUUAUCAUACAUUAGCGACAAUCGAUAUGAUUCGUUGAUCGCGUAACGUGUCUCGAAUAAGAUUACGGUGAUAUCAUAGAGAAUUCACACUCGAGUUUUGUCAGUAUUUUUCCAUUUGCUGACUUUGAAAAAAAAAAAAAAAAAAAAAAUGUACACGAGAAAGUGCCAACGUGGUGCAUUUCAUCGAUAGUGAAGUGAUGUUCGAAUGGCAUGUUCUGUUUUGCAAUUUGGCAUUAAUAUAUAUAUACGUGAACGGAAGUAAAUAUUCAACAUAUGCAUUUUAAAUGCAACAUUUAUAUUUAAACACGGAACGGAGUGAAUUGAUGUUUUACUGAAAUGUGCCCAUCGUACUUAAAAACAAGUUCGAAUUAAUUGUCCGGCGAAAGUACGAGAGCGAACAUCGAGGCUUCAUCUUAUUCAGGAACCAAAAACUCUCUAAUUGGAGCCAGGUGCAGCGAAUGACAUGAGAAUGCGGUGAUGAAAAACAUUCAACCUGAAAAUAUACAUAUCCCAACGAUACAUAUGUGGAUUGUUAAUGAGAAGACUGUAAUCAUAUCCAGUCUACGGACGCUGUAACCCGUAUUAAUAUUGUACAAGAUUUUACGACGUUCUGUGUUUAGAGCAACGGCAAAAAUAAACGUGACACAUAUCGAUUGCCAAACGUAUCAGUCAAAAUUCGGUAAACGUUUGCAACGCUAUAUUUACUGCAAAAUUAAAUAAACAUAAUCUAUAUCGGUAUAUUUUAUCACAUUUCUCUCGUGUGGGACAUCGUUACGGAGAUCAACUUUUAGAGAAUAAUUUUAUCAAAACGAACGAUGGGACGCGUACACUAUUACGGAAAGUUACAAGAUGUUACACGUCAGUGAGUCGUCUGAACUUAUAUAGUAUAAGAUAUUGUUCGCGUCGAAGAGAAGAGGAAACGUAUUCUCGCUGUGGAAAUUUCUGGCGCGAUUACUCGUGAAAGGGAAGCGCCGUUUCCUGCGUCGAUCUCCUUUCUCUACUCAGACGUUUAAUUAGCGUCCUCGAUCGGGUAGAAAGGAGGAACUGAUCUGGACCUUUCGACGUCAUUCGGAGUCGGUCGGAGGAAGGUCGUAAAGGGGAGACGAGAGGAUGUUGCUGAGGUAACACGACAUUUCGAGGCCGCACGAGAAGCACGAUAAUCGCAGCGCGCGCGCGCGCGCGGGUGGGAAGGCGCAGGACGAAGGUGUCGAUAAUCGCAGCGGGCGUACAAAGGAAUAAUCGAGGAGACGGCGAUAGGAGAUGGGCUUUCCCAGGAGAAGGUCGUUGUGGCUGAAGGUGGCGGUGCUGGCGACCGCCGUGUGGGUGACCGUCUGUUUCCUGCUCUACACCGAGGAUCGGGCGGCCGCCGUUCAGGGAUUGGCGCCGUCGGGCGUCGCGAUGCCGCCGCAGCAAGCGGCGAACGGCUUUGUGCCGCCCGCGGCGCCGUUUAGAAAAGAGACGACCGGCAACGUAUUCAGCAACAAGGUGAAGAUCAAUCAGGCCGGCCCAGAGCAAGAUCUCAUAGGUGGUGGAGUACUGGCUGUACCACGGGAUCCGGAUGCUGUUGCACCCGGUGAGAUGGGCAGGCCCGUGAUCCUGCCGACCAACAUGUCUACACAGACCAAGAAGCUGGUGGACGAUGGCUGGCUCAAUAACGCAUUUAAUCAGUAUGCCAGUGAUCUCAUCUCCGUGCAUAGAUCCUUGCCCGAUCCACGUGACCAGUGGUGUAAGGAGUCUGGUAGAUAUUUGAAGGACCUUCCGCCUACAGCGGUAAUAAUUUGCUUUCACAAUGAAGCUUGGUCCGUGUUAUUGCGUACGGUGCAUUCCGUUCUGGACAGAUCGCCGGAGCAUCUCAUACAAGAGAUCAUUCUCGUCGAUGAUUUCUCCGAUAUGCCUCAUCUCAAACGUCAAUUGGAAGACUAUAUGAUGAAUUAUCCGAAGGUGAGGAUUAUCAGAGCGAAUAAACGAGAGGGCCUUAUCAGGGCACGUUUGCUAGGCGCCGCGGCGGCUAAGGCGCCGGUACUCACGUAUUUGGAUAGCCAUUGCGAGUGCACGGAGGGUUGGUUGGAACCUCUUCUGGAUAGGAUCGCACGCGAUCCGACAACGGUAGUUUGUCCGGUGAUCGAUGUUAUAGACGACACCACCCUAGAAUACCACUGGCGCGACUCGGGCGGCGUAAAUGUCGGCGGAUUCGAUUGGAAUCUUCAGUUCAAUUGGCACGCGGUGCCAGAGAGGGAGAAAAAAAGACACAAAAAUCCGGCCGAACCCGUUUGGUCGCCAACGAUGGCUGGUGGCCUCUUUUCGAUAGAUCGAGCCUUUUUCGAACGGAUUGGCACGUACGACAGUGGCUUCGACAUCUGGGGCGGCGAAAAUCUUGAAUUAUCGUUUAAAACCUGGAUGUGUGGAGGUACUUUGGAAAUCGUGCCGUGCUCGCACGUGGGUCACAUCUUCAGGAAACGUUCGCCCUACAAGUGGCGCAGCGGCGUGAACGUGCUCAAGAGGAACAGCAUAAGGCUGAGCGAAGUGUGGUUGGACGAGUACGCCAAGUACUACUAUCAGAGGAUAGGUCACGACAAGGGAAAUUACGGUGACGUAUCGGAGCGAAAGACCCUUAGGAAGAAACUGGGAUGUAAGUCGUUCAAGUGGUACCUGGACAAUAUUUAUCCAGAACUCUUCAUUCCGGGCGAGGCGGUCGCUUCAGGAGAGGUUCGAAACCUCGGCGAGGGCGGUAACACCUGUCUGGAUUCGCCUGCCCGCAAGGCCGAUUUACACAAGCCAUGUGGAUUGUAUCCCUGCCAUCGACAGGGUGGAAAUCAGUACUGGAUGCUCAGCAAGACGGGUGAAAUCCGUCGAGACGAGUCGUGCCUAGACUACAGCGGUAGCGACGUAAUCCUUUAUCCCUGCCACGGUAGUAAAGGAAAUCAACAAUGGGUUUACAGUCCUCAGACUAAUCACAUCAGGCAUGGCAGCAGCGACAAGUGUCUAGCGAUUACAGAGAGCAAGCAGCAACUGGUGAUGGAAGAGUGCUCACCCAAUGCACCGAGACAGAGAUGGUCCUUCGAGAAUUACGACCCGUCAAAGCUGUGAUACCGCGCCUUCUCGCGUCGUCAUUCGCACAACAAUCUCGAUCAGGUCGCCGGAUCUUGGCUGCCAGGGAAACGAUACUCGAUCGCCAAGACUCGCUUUGGCAGAUAAAUAUUUUGCAAUUCCGAAAUAUCGAGGAGAUAUUCUCCUGCGAAAUCAUUCCAAAUCGCUCGAACGAUCGUGGCAAACUCUCCACGCGAUUCCUCGAUGUUCGCCGAGAAACAAUUGGACGAAAGUUCAAGUCUACCAUUUCAUCGGCGUGAUCGAAAUGUGGAGAACAAAGCGGAAGAUCGCGAUGCAACGAAACAUUCGCGAGGACAAUAUACUUAGAAAAUUUUUUACUCAAGAAAUUGCAUUUAAUUAGAAUAACUUCUGAGCGCCACGUGGUGUUGAUUUGAAUUGUAGUUGCCCUAAGUAUUCCUAAUAUUGCGAAAGAUUGGCCCGAAUAGGAUCAUGAACGAACGUGAUCGUAUCGACCUUCGAAUAGCUCUCGAUCGUCACUUUCGUUCGCUGAUCGUUCGCGCUUCCACGAAGAUCAAGGAAGCGGGAUGCUCGGUGCCAUCGCAGGAACGUAUCGAUUUUUGCGAGCGAAUCGUCGAUUGUCCGUCGAGAUGACACUAGUGUGAAUAGAUUAUGAGUAAUCUUUCUUUUUUCCCUAUGUUAUAACGCGCCGACACAAUUUCCGAGAACAAACUCCAAAAUGUCUUCAAUAAGUCUGUGAACAAAUGGUUAUCUUUUAGAAAGCAUCAAGUGCCAAAUUUAAAAUAUUCUCAUCGUAAGCUUUUUCUAACUCUAGUGGCAAACUCUCCGGUGCAAUUAAAAUAACGAGCACGUAUCGCCGUUAAAGAAAACCCGUAAUCGCGUGCACCGAAUGAUUCAAGGAGAUCGUAUUAGACGAUAUUUGCGCAGUCAUACCCUUCUAUUAACUCAGAGUGCCAUGUGCGAGUUCGAAAGAAACGCGAUAGGAAUUAUAACUCUCUUAACGCAAGUUGCGUUAAAAUAACUGGAUUUGUUCUCUCAUGCAACGGCUUACAAAAUAUCUCGCAAUCAGAGAUAAUUUAUUCUUAAUUUUGACGAAUUUGUCUCAGAUUAUUUGUUGGUACUCGAGGAAUUUUUAAGAUAGUAGCUAUUCGUAUCUGUUAUCAAUGCAGACACGAAUGACAAAUAUCUAUUUUUCAUUUCAUCGUAAAGACGUAUACAAUAAUUUUGACCGAUAACUAUUUUUUUUAUUCUACCUGUUAAAGUAGUUUUCAAAUAUGCGUCAUAUUGCAUCAGUCGACGAUUCGACGAUCCGCGAUGGCAUUCGUUGAUCGCCCAACGUAGUCUCUUUCUUUUCGGAGAUAAAGUUUGCAUUCCAGAGCCGAGACGAUGAAACAAAAACGGCAACGUUUGGCGUAACAAAAAGAGUAUUUUUUUCUUUUUAAUUUUUAAUUUAAAUACUCGUAAGUAAUUUUAAGGGAGACGCGCAGAUGAAAAGGAAAGCGGCGAAACAUUCCGAAUACACAGGCGAAUUGUUUCAUUCUGUUUGUACAUUCGUGUAAGAUACGAUGUCUUGAUGCCAGUUCAGGAUAUAAGUACCGCCUAAGUAAGUGGAAGGGAGUGUUCUCUAAAUGUGUGAAUAUACAUGAACUAUUAAUACGUGAACUUCUCUUAUCUUCGCUUUUGACAGUCACGAACGCGAUUGACUCGUGAUUGCGAAACAGCGAUUAGUUGAAUGUGUAUAAAUCUGCUAAUGAAUACAAACAGAGUAUACUUUUAUAGAAACCAUGAGUUUUUUGCUAUAAUUUUAACUACAUAUCACAAUACGAACGAGAGUCGACAUAAAAGAAUAACAGAGUUUUCAUAUCAAAGAAUUGAGAUUACAAUUAUUAACAAGUCUUUUCACUUGUUAGUUAUAAUUAUAAAUUUACGAGAUGUUUUUCUGGAAAAUAUCUAUUAUACAUAUAACUGCAGCCUGACUGUAGUUUGACAAUUUUAUUCAUGCAAUUUUUCAUGAAAUACAUGAUAAAUGUCGACAGUUGUUAUUAUUUAAAAAUAAUCUGCGUUAUUUGUAAUUUUACGAAUUUCAUCACGUGAUGCAAUUUUAUACAUAUCUCUUUCUUCUUAAGUUAAAUUUUAUAAAAAAAUAUAUUUAAUAUUUCUUAAAGAAAGAAGAAAUUGUGACGAAUAAAAUCUAAAUAUUAUGUAUGUGUGUGUGUGUGUUGAAUCUUUAAAAAAAAAUUAGAAAGAAAAAAAUAAAACUUACGUAUUCUGUUAAAAUCAGCCAAAUGAGAUGUUCAGAAAUCGCAACGAAAAAUGAGAAGCUACGGUUCGCACUUUUCGUGAAUGAAAUAAACCGCGUUCAGGUUUGCGAUUUUGCGUGUAAUUAAUCGUGAAUGUGUGAAUGCGUUAACAUAUGUUUAAUUGCAUAAAAGAUUCCAUAGAAAAAAAAGAAAAAGGAAGAGAGAGAGAGAGAAGCAGCGAGUUAGCGCUAGCCUGUGUAUGAAUGUGUGCUUAAUUAGAUACGACUAACUAGCGGUUUUCAUCUUAGGGCUAAUCAAGUUUCUCGAAACCGCAAUUUUUGCCAAUGCGAGAUACAAGACAUGUUGAGUAGCUUAGGGAGUGAUCGUAUGUCGCGGAUAAUCUCGGGCGAAGAAAUUCGCUUCGAAAUUAUCGGGUCCUGAUGGCCGAAGCGAGCAGAUUACUCGCGAACGCAAAUCGAGAGGAAGUUUAUACAGAUUCUAUAUAUGACAUUUUCUACGUUUGGUAAGGACGUUGCAUAUCGUAAGAUGAUGGGAGAUGAGAUUGAUAGUAAUAAAUAAAUGCGAAUAACGCGAUCACGCCGGAACAAUGUUUCCUGCGCACGCGGCGUUUGUCGCGCGUUUAAUUAAUGUAAUAUCGAACGUGCCUUAUUUCGUGUAUAUAUAAAUAUUACUAUAUCAUUAUAUAUAUACAUUACUACAAACCUCUAUCACAUAACGUGCAAGUAUUUGUGUUGAAUAAAUCGAUGUUGUUUUAUGUUA